AUGAAGCAAGCAGGCAAGCGGGUUAUCAGUUCGACGCGGCUUAUAAGGAAAAGUCCAUCGCUCGACGUUUUUCAAGUUGCUCAUUCGAGAAAACAAGACCCCAAACGCGCGUCAACCUUCGCCUACAUUGAUGGAUCAACCGAAUCCGAAGAACACAGCAGCAAUACUGAUUUUGAUGGCUUUGCAGAAGGUAAUGCAGUGGAAUAUAAUUGCGGUCUUUAUCUUAAUGACGAGCCGAUUCCCUCUAGCGAGGAGCCUGAUGUUAGGGUGGAAACCCAAAUUCCCCAAGCAACUGCUGCCCUCCCUCCUACAGCAUUGGCACACUUCCUUACUGUGUUACUCAAAGUUCCCAAUGUUUCUCAAGCGAUCUUAGAUUUUCCCCUAAAUCAUCCUCUCGAACAGCAUAAUGAUGAUUCAUCGUUGGAUCUUGGCGGCCUAUCUAUCAGCGGAGGCCUUAACUAUAUUACGGCUGAACUCGGCUCUGAGGUCCUAAAUAUCCUUGCCAGUGGUUCAGUCAAAGAGCCAGAAAUAAGACUCUCUUCUGAAAAGCUACGAUAUAUAUACACUGGGUUAAGGAAAGAAUAUGGAUAUUCACCCCGACCCCGUAUUAAACCCGCCAAAGACUGCGCCCAGGAACCUACUUUAGGUUCGGAAUUUGAUAUUAAUAGCCUCGUCUUAAUCAACUAUUGUCUUAAUAUUCUUCGGGCAGAUUAUUCCAUGGUAUCCUACACAAGGCCUUCUCAGUGUCUUUACCACCGACAUACAUCUACAACUAACGCAGGUCGAAUUCUACAACAGCUAUGGCUAUUACCAUAAGAAGUCCGUUCUAAUUUAUUAUAUCCCUAACUAUUACUUUACCCAUUAAUCU